AACAGAUUUUGUAGCCGUGGCAGCGGCUGAGAGUGCCAGGCUGGGCGCGGGCAGUGGCUGAUCCCGGAGCAGCGGUGUGUCGACUUCUGCCUGUGCCACGGCGAGCUGCGGCUCCGGGGCCGCCAGGCAGAUAGGCUCUGUCAGUGACUUCAGGCUGUAGCCCAUGCUGUUUCCUCUGCUUGGAAUGCCUUUCCCUGGCCUCCUUACUUGCUAAACUCUGUGCUCCUCCAGGGCUUGCACCAUGUUGCACUCAUCCUUGUACCCCCAGCAUCUAGUGCUGGCAUGUAGUAGGCACUCCAGAAAUGUGUGUUGAGUGAACGAUGCCUCUGACAAGCAACUGGACUUUAUUCUUUCCUGACCCUUGCUCCUAUGACACACCUCCUCCUGGCUGCCACUGUCACCCCUUCAGAACAGGACUUCUCUAGGGAAGCUGGAAGGGACACAGCUAUGGCCAAGGAUAUCCUGGGUGAAGCAGGGCUGCACUUUGAUGAGCUCAACAAACUACGGGUAUUGGAUCCAGAGGUUACCCAGCAGACUAUAGAGCUCAAGGAAGAAUGCAAGGACUUUGUGGACAAAAUCGGCCAGUUUCAGAAAAUAGUUGGUGGUCUAAUUGAGCUUGUUGACCAACUUGCGAAAGAAGCAGAAAAUGAGAAGAUGAAGGCCAUUGGUGCACGGAACUUGCUCAAAUCUAUAGCAAAGCAGAGAGAAGCCCAGCAGCAGCAACUCCAGGCACUAAUAGCAGAAAAGAAAAUGCAACUUGAGAGGUAUCGGGUUGAAUAUGAAGCUUUGUGUAAAGUAGAAGCAGAACAAAAUGAAUUUAUUGACCAAUUUAUUUUUCAGAAAUGAACUGAAAUUUUUAUAGGAGGGCAAAAAAAAAAAAAAAAAAUCAAAAACCAAAACACCUCUGUACCAUUCCAGUGACUUAAUGACCCAAGUAUGUCGUGUGAGAUGAUUUGUAAUGAGUGCAGCUCUCUGAAGGCAAUAAAACAAAUCUGGGGGAGCUUGUUUCAGAUGUCAGUGCAUCUCUGCUGGUGAACACCCACUGGCCCUGCUGAUCCAGGUCCUCACCUCAUGUUCUUAGUCUGAACUGAGCUAUCUGUAAGCUUUUUUUUUUUUUUUUGGUAAAUU